AUGCAUCAACCCACACCAGCCAGACAGUCGACAUUUGAUUCGCAAGCGCAGUAUAAUCUGCAAGCUACUGAAGAUAUUGACGAGGACCGCAAUGAGCUGGAUGAGAAAAAGCACCUGCCUCCGAUACCAAGGCGGCCAGACUAUCGACCCAAAGCUUUACAUUGGCCUUUCAUCGUAUGCAUGAUUCUUAUCCUCUCCAUCUUUGUGGGGUUGGUGAUCUAUGCUCGCAACAUAAUGCCGAACUCAGACAGUACAGCAAUCAUCGAACCUCGCCAGUAUUUGGAUCCAAGGCAGGAUUCCAGCUCCAUCAAUAGAAUUCUCUCAGCUCAAAGUACUCCAGCACAUGAUCUGCCGUCUUCAUAUCCCACUCCGGCAUCUGAUGGGCUGUUGUCAACAAUCAUCCAAUCUAGUGCUGUCGAUCUCCGGACAACCUCUGACCUUGCGCAAUUACAUUCUGCGACUUCAACCUCGGCAUCUCCUACCUUGCAGUCUUAUCCUGACGGAGCUUCUGGCAUUAUUUUAGGAGAAUCGACGAAGCGAGUACAGUCUUCAAGUAGAAAGGAAGAAGAAGUACAAACCACAACGGUUCCCUCGGCAUCAGAAAGUAUACUGAAAAGCAGUUUUGCCUCAAAUUUGCCUUCAUCUGUACUAGUCGACGAUUCUUCGACUGCUCCAACCAGUGGCAACUCGAAUUCAGCAGCUAGAGCAUCACCAGAUGCUACUAGGUCUGGGGAUGUCCAGAGUGCUAAACCCGACUAUUCUCAACUUCAGCCAUCAACAACCAGAAGCACGGAGAAUUCACAGCAAACAGUAAGCGCUAUCGAGACGGCAGUAGCCGGUACGGAAGAUGAAUAUUUAUCCUCUUCCAACCUCUCGAAUCAGCUUGAAGCUCCUACCAGCAGCAACCCUUUUUCGUCUAGCUCAUCAUCACUUGAGUCUACUGGUGGUGACCUGGUUCUGUCAGUCAUCAAAUCUGAGUUCACGUCCACAUUUACCCGACCGGGCUCUACCUUUACGUACACGACUUCUUUUGAGAGCAGUGCUUCCUCCACUUUUACGACGGCAGUCACAACAGCUUUUCCUGGAUCCACUGGAGAGACCACCUACACGCGAGUCAUCACGAGUAGCAUUCCAAAGACGUUUACAAGAACAUUACCGGGAAGCAACAUCGUCACCACCAUGACAAUACCUGAGCAAACCACUCGAACAGAUGUCAUCAGCGACGAAAAAACUACCUAUUACCAGACGACAACCAAGACCGUUGGUCGUGUAACGACCUCGACCGCGGUGGCAUCUGCCUCGACCAUCAUCGAAAUCUCCAGUGAGAUCGUCGAGUCUACUGUAACUUCAACAGCUCAGUUCACUUCGCCAGCGAGAUUAAGCACGUAUAUCUCUGUUGGUGUUACUUCUGUUCCAACGACCAUUGCGAGUCUAGCUACGUCAACCGCGGCGGGCGUGGUGUACGUUUCAGUAGGGACAACCGAAAUCACGCGGGUGGUUACUAUUCCCGGAGCAUCGAGAGGCCAGCAGAACGAACAGCCUACCCCGGUUACACAACUAUUCACUAGCGUAUUCGAGGGGAAGAUUGUCACAGUCGUGGAAACAGGCAAACCUCAGAUACUUUUAACCAGCGGCGGCGGCUUAUUCACCGCCGUCUAUACGCCGCCUGCUGAGACGAUAGUAACAAGAAAAGGGGGGCAAGAAACGGAAAUGGUGAUCACAGUGACGCCAUCUCUGAAUGUAGCUCUGGUUGCUGUUCAGACUACUAUUGAUGGAACACCCACCGUCAGACUGGUUCAGUCCACGAAUGCGGCAGGUUUCAAGCCUGUAUCCUUAACACUGGUGUCCCAGGUCGGCGGCAGCACCGGUAUCUUCACAACUGCCGACGCUCCAGAGACCAUCAGAACCAUAAUCGAGGGUAAAGAGACCACGAUAAUAAGAACACCAGCUCCAAGAGAGUUUUCUUCGGUAUUGGGAGGAACUCCAUCAACAAUCGAGUUGGUUACAACGCCUACUGGUAGCUUGCCUCUAAUAUUCACGGUCAUCACAACCAUCGGAGGCUCUCUUAGCACCAUAAUCUCCACUCCGAGCCCUACAACAUUCCUCACUUCAAUAUCGGGCAAGCUCGGUACCAUCACGUCAACUCCAAUACCCUGGACACGAGUUUCUACCAUCGGCCCAUCUACGACGAUCAUCACUUCCGUCUCUCGGCCAUCUUCAACGAGUACACCGGAUACCGUCAUAACGGAAAUCGAAAAAUUUGCCUUCACCGAUGGUGACUAUUUCCUAGGCAAGUUUUUCCCGGUGAUUCUGGCCGUGAUGAUUGCAAUCCCACUGCGAAUUAUCGAUCUCAACGCGAAGCUGUAUCAACCUUUUCAUGCCUUAUCCCAAGAAGGGGGCGCACUAGGGAAAAAUAGCAUGACAAUCCAGUUCGAUGGCUGGAAUGGACUCUUAGCUCCGUUCAAGGUGCUCAUGCAGGGUCAUCCAGUGCCGUUCAUCACGACAUUAAUGGUAUGGUCGUCGUCUCUCCUGGCACCCUUGGCAACCGAAGCGAUUGGUAUGAAGCUUCAUGGUAAAUGCAAGAUCACCGCCAUUGAGGGCUGUGGUAUACAACUUGGCGUCUCGACCACGGCUGCCUACGUCUUGAUCGCCUUACUCAUUUUUAUUGUCAUUCUUCUGCUAGUUCUCCUCUACCUUCUCCGCAACUGGAAGACUGGCCUUCACGCAAACCCUUGGAGCAUUGCGGGCAUCUCGUCACUGUCACUAAACGCAGAGAUCCGGCCACAACACCUCGACUUCAAGAUGAACGAAAAGAUGAUGAGAGAAAAGACCUAUAUGCUGGGGUUCUUUGAAAAUAGGCACUGUCGAGACGAAUACGGCUUCAUUUACAAUGACGAAUCAGCCGACAGCCUACAAUCGGCGGAGUCACGAGCUUUAUCCACCGGCGACGAGUUGGAAAUCAGACACGAGCGCGAUACUGCGAAUAAAUGCCGAAAAAAUACACCUUUCAUCGCACUUACCUACUGGUGGCGCCUUCUUUUCAUGUCUUUCCUGCUUGCCUUGUUCAUUAUAAUCCUGUACUACCAUGUUACACUUGGUCAUCGUACCUCUUUCAAAGACUUUAUGGAUAGCCAGACAUUCGGAGUCCGCUUCUUGCUUGCUGCAUUGGGCGUUAGUAUCAUCUUUUGCUGGGAAUCAAUUUUCAUCAGCAUUGCUAUCGUUAGUCCGUAUUACCACAUGGGCCGACAUUCUCAACGACCAAAAUCAUCUAUCCUUCUCACGCGUCCCACGAACGGAUUCUACGGCAUCUAUGCAGCGAUCCUCGAAGGGAACAUUGUGCUGAUGCUGGCAGCUGUUAUGUCAAUAAUGGCCGAAUUCCUUCCCAUGCUACUGGCCAAUGUGCCGUACAACCUAACUCAGACACUCAGUUCGCACAACGUCUGCUCGAUCAUCAGUAUGACGAUCUUGGGGCUCAUGAUGGUGGCUGUGGGGGCGAGCUUGUUCAUCAAAUGGCCCAAAAUGCCAGUCGACCCGCGGAGCAUUGCCGGCGCGAUGUACUAUGUCAACGAAAGCAGAAUGCUGGAUGACUUUGAAGGUCUUUCCCAGCUGGCUUCAUCGGACAGGAGGAAGAAAGUUGAGGAACUUGGUCGGAGGUACUUUUACGGCGCUCUGACUGGAAGUCAUGGAAGGCGUAUGGGCGUUGAAUCAGUAGAGAGUGUGGAAGACACUGUGUAUACCGGGGCAAAUUGGCUUCUGCCACAAGUUGACGGAAGUCACCACGAACGGGGAGGUUCGCUAAAUCUUGACGAAACUACGGUCAGCCCGGUUGAUGGUAUUCAAGCAGGACAGAGGCCGAAUCAGAGAGAAGCGAGUUUAGUGUGA